AUGCCACCGAAACGAGGAAAGAAAGCCGCUGCGCCAGCCGCACCUCCAUUGGAGGGUUGCUGUGUCGUCUUCAGCGGCACAUUUCCCGGACACUCGCAGUCGGCGCUGCUCGACCACGCCGCUCGCUUGGGAGCCAAGACUGCCAAAUCCGUCACCAAGGACGCGACCCAUCUCGUUACCACCCAGGCUGAUGUCGACAAAUCCUCGAGCAAGGUCAAGGAUGCUCAGAAUCGCGACAUUUUUCUCGUGAACCUGGAUUGGAUGUUGGACUCCGAGCAAUCCAACGCGAAGGCCGACGAGACGCAGUACACCUUCGGCAACGCAACUUCCAACGCUACGCCUGCCUCCGGCACCGCUACCUCACAGACGAAGGACGUCAAGAAGCGCCAGGCCUCUUCUGAUGACGAUGCAAAUUCAACGGACCAGCCUGACACCAAGAAGAAGAAGGCAGUCACCGAGAAGGAGAAGCCCGCCCCCAACUUCGGUGAAGGACAGAUUGCCAAGUCGAAGAACAUUGCGAUUCCCGUGGACGAGGAAUGCCACCUCGGUGGAUAUGGUGUUCACGUUGAUCCUGAUGGCGUCAUUUGGGAUGCUGCCCUGAACCAAACGAAUGCCGGAAACAACAAUAACAAGUUCUACCGACUCCAGGUUCUGGGUAACGGCACUGGACACUGUGUCACCUGGUCUCGAUGGGGCCGGGUUGGCGAACGUGGACAGAUGAAAGCUCUCGGUGACGGAUCGCUUGCCGAUGCGAAGCGUCAAUUCGAAGCGAAAUUCAAGGACAAGUCCGGAUUGCGCUGGGAAGACCGCACGGCGGCUCCCAAGAGCAAGAAGUACGUCUUCAUCGAGCGCAGUUACCAGUCGGACGACGAAGAAGAAGACGAGGACAAGAAGGCUGAAAAGAGCGGCAACACACCCGAUUGCACCCUUGCGCUGCCCAUCCAGAAGUUGAUGCAACUCAUAUUCAACACGGACUUUUUUGCCGCCGCUAUGAGCGAGCUCAACUACGACUCGAAGAAGUUGCCCCUGGGAAAGCUCAGCAAGGCUACUAUCAUGAAGGGCUUCCAGACCCUCAAGGACCUCUCUGCUUUGAUUGACGACUCUACUUCCAGAGCUUCAGAUAUCGAGGAUGCCUCCAAUCUCUUUUACUCACUCAUCCCACACGACUUCGGUCGUAACAGGCCGCCUGUGAUACGCACUCAGGAUGUCCUCAAGCGUGAGGUCGAGCUCUUGGAGAACUUGGCCGAUAUGAAGGAUGCGUCCAACAUCAUGAAAGACGAAUCGGCCAACGGCGAAGUCUUGCAUACUCUGGAUAAGCAAUACAGAGGUUUGGGCAUGCAGGAGAUGAGCCCCCUCGAGAGAAACAGUGUCGAGUUCCAGGAACUUUCGGAGUACCUGAGCAAAACUCGCGGGUACACGCACGGGGUCAACUACAAGAUCGAUUCCAUCUUCCGCAUCGAACGUCAAGGCGAACAUGAUCGUUUCGACAAGAGCGUAUUCGCUGGGCCAGUUCGCGAUCGACGUCUUCUGUGGCAUGGUUCCCGAGCUACUAACUUUGGCGGUAUCCUCAGCCAAGGUCUUCGCAUCGCACCUCCUGAGGCCCCAGUGAGCGGCUACAUGUUUGGCAAGGGAAUUUACCUUGCUGACAUGUCUUCCAAAUCUGCCAACUACUGCUGCUCUUACAUUUCAGGCGGCACGGCUCUGCUUCUGCUUUGUGAGGCUGAGCUCGGCAACCCUCUUCAGGAACUGACGAACUCCAACUACAACGCGGGAGAAGAUGCAAAGUCCAAGGGAAUGUGGUCUACUUGGGGUAAAGGAAUGACUGCACCGCUAGGAUGGAAGGACGCUGGCUGUGUCCACCCCUCUUUGGCUGGUGUCAAGAUGCCCGAUGUGAGCAUUCAGCCGGGAUCUACAAAUGUUCCGGGCGCAUACCUGCAGUACAACGAGUUCAUCUGCUAUGAUGUGGCUCAGAUUCGACUUCGGUACCUUUUCCAGGUGAGGAUGUAA